AUGAGCAUUCAAAGUUUGAUUAUUAAAAGUAUAACAGAACCAGGUGCUAACGAUGCGGUUGUCAUUGCCAUUCACAUCACAUUCUGUUCAUUAUUAGCGGUCUUGGCCUCUAUGGUAUUUGUCACACGCGGUAAUAUUCAUUACAUCUUUUUAUUUUUCAUUGCUGCUAUAUUGUAUGGCAUCUUAACUUGGUUUAUCUCUGAAAUCAAAAAGAUUCAAGCUGAAGAAAAGAAAGAAGUUAAAUCAAUGUCCAAGGAUGUAUAUGAUAACGAUACUCAAGUGACCAAGAAUAGCAGUACUGAUGAUGCGAAAUCCUCUUUGAAAAACUUGGGUAAAUCCAUGUCAGAAUAA